GGAACAACCAGAUCGCCAUCGCCAUCCCGUUGAUCAAAUCUGUAGCGCUUCUAUCGUUUGCUGUAACGCAUUUAGUCGAUCUCUAGACUAAUUGCGUCUUGUUAACUGCUUCAAAAACUCUGCAAACAUGGCGAAGUUGAUGUAAGUUGUGAAAUUCCGCAGACACCCUACGAGAUGCUGUAAAAAAGGCGGACAAGUUGUGGAUUUCCGUAGUGCGCCGAACUACCUAUUUCAUUCGACUCUAGGACAAAGGCCUUGCACAGUGAUCUCCAGUUUACUCCGGCAUGUAUACAACUUUGGAAUUCUGCAGCCUCCUAUAAGGCGAAUGAACACAGGCCUGCACAAAGGGGAGUGCAGUCAUUACUGAUUCAGGAGCCGGAUGGCUGGUGACUUUGCCUUUGGAAAACAUUAGUGGAAAGAGUAUUCUGCGAGAGCAGCCAGACCGGUGCAGAAUUCCAUGGAAGAGGCUGUACUACCAGAUAUUCAUCAUGUUGACCGAGCAACCCAAGAUCAAGGAAAGCCUGUUUCCCCAGGCUUCUGUGGCACUCUUCAAAGUGAUGCAGUAUCUGCAAAGGAGGAGCAACCUCUUGGGACCAUCAGUCAUGAUCACCUUGAACCUUUAGCAGGACUCGGCGAAACAAUAGGACAGGCUGAAGCUGCAUGCCAAACAGAGCCAGAGCCCUUAGGAAAUCUAGUCAUCCUUCUGUCAACAACAGAUGGGUCCGAGGCGUCGACUCAAGUUUCUCACAUCGUACAAUGUGACAAGGGGACCCAGGAGGCAGAGAGUGGCUGUAGCACAUCCCAGGAUGCAAAGCCCAGCUCAAGUCAUGUCGUGACGCUCUACACGAGCCGCCGGAAGAGGAACCGCUACAAACGGUCCCUGGAUCCCAACUUGCGACACGAGCCCUGGAGAGCGGUGGAAGAUAUCAUGCUGCUCAUCGCCGUUAGGCUCCAUGGGGACACUGACUGGACUGAGGUGGCUAGCAUGGUGCCUGGCCAUGGAGAAGAACAAUGCAGAGAUCGCUACAGGGAGUUCUUUGACCCGUUGUUCGCCUUGGGCCCGUACACAGCAGAGGAAGAUUACACGCUCUUGCUGCUUAUUGAGAAGCACGGACUUGGCCAGUGGGUCAAGCUGGCACAGGAGAUGCCCUGGCGUUCGAUCAACUCAGUGAAGGGCCGCUAUCGGCUGCUGUGCGAGACCCUUGGCAUCGCGCGUCCAACCCCGGUGGACCUGGAGCGCUACUUGUCGGGUCCUGUGGGUCCCGUGACGAACGUAGAGCAACGCACUCGACGGAUGAGGAGGGAAAAGCGCCUGGAGGUGUACCGGACCCUCCUGUACCUGCACCUGCUGCGGACCAAAACAAUGAAGCGUACUGCCGCAAUGCUGCUAAAGGGCCAAGGUGAACGGGCGGAUUUGACGAUGUGCAUGAGGCUGUACCGAAAGGUCUGGCGGCUUGACCAGGAGAAGCGCCCACCACGAAGGCCAAAGCUAGUGCGCAAGGCAUUGAACAAGGCCAUUGCCCAGUACGCGCAGACAGCGUGUCGAGUCAGGGUCUCACCACCCAGCCUAUGUGUCUACGAGCACCAGGAGUGGCAUGCUGUGGCAAAUGUGCUGCAUGACCUGCAUGGCUUGCCAAUGCCACCUCCGAACUCCGAAGUUGAGAAAGUGGGCACCGUCCCCAUGUUUGAAGAGUUCUUCUCAAAGGAGGUGCUUAGCGUGCCAGGCGGAUUUCAGCCUAACGAUGGCAGCCUCGUACUACCCCUGCUGCCACCUAACGAGACCACUGUACCUGCUUUUGGGAGGCUGUUGGAUCGCUUUACCAACGGUAACCUCGCGGAAUCCUUGCCGAGGUUGCUAGACGGCCACAUGUUUUCUGAACUCUGUUUAGCUCUUGAUGCCGACUGCAUCGAGGACAUUCGCUGUACCGAGUGCGCAUCGGGAAGUCUCUUGGAGCUCUCGCCCAUCACUGCAAAGGCUUUGCAGAAGCCCUGCUUUCGCUGCAGCGAGCUACAGACAAUGCGUAAGAAUUACGAGGUUCUGCAGGCGCGUUUCAUCUCGUACUUCUUCUGGCCUGCCGUCUUAGACACUAUGGAUGUUGCUGAGACGGUUCAGGUUCCUUCUCAGAAAUGCAAGCAAUCCAAGAGAAGAUACAAGCUGGCCAAGAAUAGGAAACCGUGGGUGAGGCGGAAGUGGGAAGAGCGCAGGCAAACAAAAGCGGCGCAAGUAGCAGCAGCAGCAGCAAGUGCCGCAGCACAGGGGGUUGAUGCUCCAGAAGAGGAUGGCAACAGCGAAUCCCCUGGCACUUCAGCAACGCUCGCUUGAAUGCAUCUGCUAUUUGGGGACAUAAACGUUGCCUUGUGAAAUGCACUUGUGGUAUUUGUGAGAAGACGUUACUCACUGACUGAGUCUGAAUAUACUGUUUAUUUGCGGUGGUCUCUUACGACUGUCCCUCACUGAUUGAGUCAGAAUAUUAGAUGCGAAGCAGCUCUUUGACUAGCCUGUGUAAUGCUGUCUCUCCGUCCCCAUCAUUACCCUCGCCGCAGGUGGCGGAGCAGUGCCAAGUAGCUCACACCCUUCUAGCAGUACGCGGCGACGUCUCUCCCUCGCCUGUCGAGUGCUCGCUGCGUGUCAGCUCUCUCGCUUCACCCUCUCCACCGCUCGAGCCCUCUCCUCACAUGGGCAUCAUUUCAUUCGUGCCAUGUCUCUCCAUCUGUUGGCGAGAAGAAGCCCCGAGAUGGCAGGUGCGGGCGCCGCUUGCAUCUCGAAAAUUAUAGAGCGCCGACAAUGUGGACAGCGUGCCGCUGCUUGCCGGACAAUCGCACCGACGGGCGGGACGAAGUCGCAUUCAAGAAUACAGACGGCGUGUGGGUAACACUGACGAGAUGCGAGCCAAGGAAGCCGAACGCGUCUUCAAAGCAUCCCGCCUCUUGUGUCUUUGCGUUUCAAACAAACGUUUAUCAAGUAAUUGCUACACUGAGUUUGGCUUCAAAUCCUUGUUCCAGCACCUGUGUCGACGCCAGUUUCAACCGGGUCAACGCUGUGCGGACCGUUGCUGCUUUGUAUCCAAUCAUAGUUCCUUUCGGGGAGAGAGACCAUAGUUUAUUGUUUCACACGCAGCAAUGUUGCCAUGUCGAUAUAAAGUCUAAUUGCAGUUCAUUAAUUUGCUCAUUCAUCCAUCUCAUUUAUGGACAGUUACUCCAAACAUGCCAUAAAUCUUUUGUAUGAAGUAAAACCACAAACUGACCUCAUGCCCCGCUCUAUUGUUGUGCUGUCGAUUGUGUUGCUGAACGUAAACCCCAUUUGACAGGGACGACGGUGCUCCCUGGCUGUGUGCUGCCAUCAAAAAUGCUAAUGUGUUGAGAAGCCAAAGCUGCUUAUUUAACUAUGGUUUGUGUUCACUGCUCUUUCAUUCCAAGUAUAGUUGAUAGGUAGCACAUGAGUGCAGUCAUAUGGUUUUAUUUCACAAUUUGCGUAAUUCCUUUAAAGGGGCCCUAAAACACUUUCUUGAGUAACCAUAGAAAUAAUUCACUAGAAAAGCGUAUUGCCUCACAAAUUGAAUGCCGCAAACAUUUAAAAAAUUCAUCCAGUACGAGCGGAGUUACAAGGAUUUGUCACAACUGGAAUCACAUUUUCUCUUCUCUCGUCCUGAGGUAAGCACUGGAAGCUAAGCAGGGAUGGGUUGGAGGGGCAAAUAAAAAACUUCACUCGCGCCUCGUGACCUUGACCACUUUUUUUUUCGUCGAAUACGUGGCUUUUUUAGUGCGAUUGCACGCUCAUGCUUGGACAAGUGACGGCCUCCCUCGGCGAUCUCUGUAACGACCGAGAGCGCCAUGUUCGAAUCAGCGAAUGGCUGAUAGAUUGACUUACUACGAGUGAUUUUUGGCCUUAUUACGUGAUUUGUUGAGAGAAGAGAAAGGAAUUUUUAGCUGACAUUGAUAAUUUAUUGUGAAUUCCAGGCCGCGUGCUGCAGUAUAAUAUUUGAUUCACGUGUUGUCGGGAGCCUCUACUACUGAUCGGCAGCAUUUUCUUACCAUGCUCAAAAAACUGUUGCAGGGCCCCUUUAAGCACAGGAAAGAUCACCAUGCAUGACAUGUACGUUGCCACAAGAAGUUGCAUAGGUUGCUUUGGAAUGCCCUCUAUAACCUAACGAACUGCGCUUACCCUGAAAUUCAAUAAUAAAAAGUGUAGUGUUGUUUAUCUUAGUUCACUAAUAGACUGAUCUCGCCGUGAGUCACACUACGCCAUCACUGCCGCGAUGCAUGCCAGUACUUGGAGUACUCUGUAUGUUCAGCUGCAUUGGUGAGCUGUAUCAACAAACUUUGGCAGCCGUAUUUGGAUGAAUCGUGAUGCUUGGGUUCAUGUGCUGUGUGCUGGGAUGCUAAAGCAGCAGCCUAGGACAGAAUAGCUCAGUAUUUCACGUGUUUUCAAAGGAUAUCAAACUGGUCAAAUAAUAAAGUUUGACGGAGCAGCAAA